AAUUUUGAUAAAAGAUUAGUGAUCUACUGGGCCUUUCCUUGAGCUAGAGUUCUUACGACGCAAACAUGGGGAACUGAAACAUGGAUUUUCAGCUUUCACUUGGAACUAUACUCUUCCUUCAAAGCCUUUAUAAACAACAUCAAUAAACUUGAUUCUGUCGCUGUUGUUGUUUUGUUAUCAUAUGGAAUAAAUCAGGUUGGCUGUCAGGCAGGCCGAGGUAACAAAGUUGCUAUAUGUACCUAUGUACCCCUAAGCGAAACUCAUAUUGGAUCAGCAAACUUCGGUUUCCUCUCAAGGAUGAAGGAGGGAUCAGCAGAUUCUGUUGAAUCAGUAGAUUCUGAGGAGUCCAAAGGCUUAAACUUGUCUGACUCUGCUCCUAGCCCGUCUUCAAACUCUGAUGACAUGCGUGGCUUAAAGCGGAGCUGUGCCUCAGAUGAUGAAGAUCCAAGACCUUUGAAAGUUGCAAGAAUAUCCAGCCCAACUGAUAGCACUUCUCCAUCUGGUGGACCAGAGGACGAUGAAGUCUGCAGAACUUCAAGUAAAACUUCUGCAAGUUUUCAUCCAGAGCCUGUGCCAGGGUGUUCCAAAGAUUACAUCCCAUAUUUAUAUGGAUUCGAAGUUUCUCGUAAUGAUCUUGAGCAAAGUGAAACGUGUGCAGCAGACAAACAGGCAAACAAUCAGGAUGCAGACGAUGAAUCUUCUGCUCCAGUUGAGCUUAUGAACCUCUCUGAUGAUGUUUUGCUUAUUAUUAUGUCUAAUCUCAAACCUUCAGAUUUAUUGAAUCUCAGCUCAUGCUGUCAACGUCUGAACCGAGUUGUUAGUGACUGGAGCUUAUGGAUUGAAGUAGAUUUCAGGCCUCACUGCCUGCUUGAAAGGCAGCUGGAGCGUUUUUUGCCCUUUUUAAGCAAUACAACAGAAAGAAUAGCAACUAGAGGAUUCGUUGCAAGCAAGCCUCAGCCACGAUGGAGAACAGAAUGCUUAUCUGGCGAGCUUCUUUCUUCGUUUGCCUCUGAGUGCCCUGAGCUUCGCUCGUUUGUUGCAGAAGAACACUGUAUUGAUGCUAAGAAGGUGAAAAUUUCGGCUUUUCCUCCAUCAAUUGAACAUCUGUCACUGAAAGGUUGUGAAAUUGUGAACCCACCAACAGAUUCAUCUUACUUCAACAGUAUCAUAAGCCAUUUGCCACAUUUGAAGAUUCUGGAGCUCUCAGACUGCACAUGGCUUCCUUCUCAUUCUAUAAUGGCACUUAGUAAGCUUCCAUACUUAGAGGAGCUCCAUUUGGAUGGCUGCUAUUUAAUCAGAGACUGUAUUGCAUAUGCGAGCUUGGCAUUCAACUAUGGAUUUCAGAAACUGAAGGUUUUAGACUUACGAAGAACUGGAGUUUCUGAUAGUGAAUUAUCUUGUCUGAAUCGUUUCAAUCGCCUCACUCACCUUUAUCUAGAGUAUCCCAACAGUAAUGGUAUUAGCAAUGAAAAUGGUGAACCUGGAGGGCCACGAGCAUGUCAUCUCCCCGGGAUCAUCAGCGACUUGGGAUUGAGGUCUCUUGUCAUAUCAGAUAAACCUCAUGUCCUUUUCAAUAAUGCUCAGUUUGGCAUUAUCAGUGAUGAAAUACACGUCAUGGCUCCUGUGAAAGACAGGGUGUCUCUGUGCAAACUCCAUACCCUAGUUGCAAGAAAUUUCAACCUUGUAACUGACUCUACCCUUAAUGAACUUCACUUUGCUCAGAGUUUGCGCUACCUAGACCUUAAAGGAACUCAAAUUACUCACCAUGGUGCUGAAAUGUUCAGAUCUUCCCGGCCAGAUGUCACACUCAUCACAAGUUAUGAUGAUGACCUGACAUAAAGUUAUUGUGAUAUUGACUUAAGUGAAAUCAUGCGGUGUGUAAAAUUUUUGAAUUAUAUAUUAUCAAAUGUUGCAGUACAGUGUCAUCAUUUUGGCUGUUACUUCUACAUUGACGUACAUGAGCAUGUGUGAUUAUGUGUCUGUCUGUCUAUGUGUAUAUACUUAUGUUUUUAUAUACUCACAGAACAGACAUUUUUUUUUAAAUGGCUUGUAGAUACCUUUAUUCAUAUGUUGUUAUGUUUUACUUAUUUCUCUUGAAAUUUUCUUAAUAUUUUGUGUUGCUUUGGACAUAUGUUUCUGUCACAGAACUGUUCUAUUAUUCUUCUUGUCUAUGCAUUCUAUAUGAUGAGUUGCAAAUUUGUUCUGAUCCUUGUUGCACAAAAACUAGAGGCCCAUUCGUAUAUUUUCCUAGGUAAAUCUCUUGCAACUUGAAUUAAUUUAUUUGAUGUGUUUCAUGCUACCUUAUCUUUUCAAAUCAUAUAAUGUUUUAUUUGAGAACUGCCCUUAAAAUUUUCUUUCAUCAAUGAAGAUCUUGGAACUUGUUAAUGUAGAGAAUAUUUUAUGGUGAAGACUGCUUGUUGAAAGUGCAGAUUCUAGACAAAUUGUGAGAUUGGUCUGUUAUUAGUAGUGAUACUGCUGUAUGCUACAACAUUCUUCUCCUGAUUUAUUUUGUGAAACUGGAUAGACAUAUAACAGGGUAGAUUAUGUAUUGUGAAACUUUCUGACACAUUACAGAUAGAAAAUUAUGGUGUAUGAAGUGUUGACUUAUCAUAAUUUCUGGAGUGCUGUAUGAUGUGAUGGGUGACCGUGGUGAUAGAGGAGCUAAACAUCAAAACUUCCUAUUGUUUGGCUUUAAUUUACGUUGCCGUUUAUCAACAAAACCUUGUUCCCCCCCGGCCCUUAAAUAUUUUCAAUAACUGUGGAAUAAACGAACUCAACUCAUUUUCAAAUUAGGGUCUGCAAAUGAAAGAAGUGCUUGUGAUAGCAACACAACUUUGUUAUUGUUAGAAAUUUGCAAGGGCUUUGCGCCUGUUGUAGCGAAGUGAUUACCGUAUAUGAUUGUCAAAGUAGCAAUACCUCUUAUCUGUAACAGUUCUGUGAUGUAAUUUUUGUUUCUUCGAUCAGGUAUGCAUUUGCACAAUGCAUAAAUUGUAUUGUUUUUUUGGUUGUUUUUUUUCUCUUUGUGAAAGUACAUUUGAAAUUUCUUUCCUAAUUUAUUAUAUUUUCAAAAUGAAUAUAAAAUCUGUAAUUUAUUUUUGAGUCAGUGGUAUUUAUAGCUGAUUGGUUUGGGAUGAAAGGAUGGUAGGAAUGUAGCAUAUUUUAUAAGUUCACUUUGGUGAAUUGUGCUUGAUAAUGUAGUGCUUUAAAGUGUGGGAUAGGUAUGAUUGAUCGGUUUGUAAGUUGUGCCCCUAAUCGCACUAAAAUAGGAAAGACAAAAACAGUACCUAUAAAAAGAUUUUAUUACAUUGUUUUUUGACUUUUUUAGAUCAUCAGUUUGACAUGUUUUUUGUUUUGUUUUUGUUUUUAUGUCACAACUGCUUUUAGAAACUGGUUCUUAAGGCAGCUAGUAAUUUUGAACUUGUUAACUUGGCUCUCUCCCCUCCUCUGUUUUUCUCUGCUGACUUUUUUUUUCUUCUUUCUUCUAAUCUAUGUUUGAUGAUCAGUUUGGCAUAAUGUCCAGAUGGAUUGGUCAUCAUAAUGAGUCGUUUAUAUGGAUGUACCUAGUGUGGGCCUGAUGACAAUGAAUUUGCAGCGCCGCAUGGAGUACUCUAUGAAGUGUUUCUGUUCUCACUGCCAAGUUGGAGAAAAAGCUGGUUGGUAGGUAUAAUGUACAGGUAUAAAGUAACUUAUAUUGCAAAUGUUAUUGGAACUGUUUUUCUCCUUGUAAAAUCAAGGAGAAUAUCCAAUUUAAGCUUGAUUUUUUUACAUCCAAUUUUUGACUCUGCCAGUUUGUACAAAGAGUGAGGAAACUUAUGGCUGACUGAAGGCCAGUCGGCAUUUGACAGGGUUUAUUAAUCUAUACCCAUCACAGUUCAAUUUCUUUGUGUAUUAGUGCACAUAAAAAUUUCAUUUUAAUUGUAAUACAACAAAACUGGUGAUUUUUGUAAGCAAUAUUAUGUGUACGACUAUGUAAGAACAUGCACACCAUGUAGGACAGUUUUUAGAGUGUAAGAUAUAACAAGUAACAUUAAUCAGCAUUACCAUUUUCUUGAAAAGUUGUUAUGAGGUGUUGUAUUAAAUAUGUUUUUCCUAUCAAUUUUAUUACUGUAAAAUCCUAUUAAAUUGCCUGUUAUUUUAAAGUGAGGCAUUUUAAAAACACAUAAACCACAUCAUUUAUGGAAGCCACCCUUUAAAAGCGAUGUGCUUUUGUCAUGUACUUUAGUUUAUUCUUGUAGGCAGAACCUAUUUUCAUGACAUGAAUGGUGUACGGGAGGUGUGAGGGUGAGGCUUUAAGUGAUGAAAUUCAUGGCACCAAUAUUGCAUGUGUCAUAUUGUAAGUAAGUAGCUUGCUUGUAUCCUCGCUGCUUUGACGCAAGUUUACAAUUGCUUUCAUUUGUGAGCGUAGAAAGGUCAUUGUUGUACAGUUUGGAAAGGGUAACAAAGUGCGAUUUAAUUGCUCAAAAAAAAAAAAAACAAUUACCAUGUGUUGCGUGAAUGUCUGCAAUUGUAAUCAAAUAUCACCUCCACACAAUUCAUACAAAUCAUCCACUAUGCCUUUCCAUUCAUCUGAAAGCAAAAGCCAUUUCUGCUGUGGUGUUAUCUCAGUUGAAUCUUUUCCAUUUCUCUUGCUGCAACAUGCAGACCAAUCCUGAUUUCUGAUUCUGUAUUUGCAGAAUUUCCAAACAUGAUUCUGUAAGGUUGUGAUUGUCUAUUGAGUUAGUUAACACUUAACUUUAAUUUGUAUGCUUGCCUAUUACUAGAGUGUGACAUAAUCAGAUAACCAGUGUAGCUUAUAGUUUUAGUUUAAGACCAAACUGUAUCGAACUCAGAAUUUUUUCUGCCUGGCCAUGUAUUUCAAUGGUAACAAUUAAAUGCAGAUUACUCGGUAUUUUCUCCAAUCUGGGCAAUAAUAAAAUAUUACAAUUC